AUGUACAAACGACAACUAUUAUGCUUCACAAGAUCAUUUUUUGGAUCUACAAAGCCACAGGCAUAUAGCAUUACUCGAGUUCUUAACGGAACUCCCCUGCAACUUUACAAAAUUGUCAGUGAAGUGAACAAUUACAAAAAUUUCGUGCCAUUUGUUGAAGACUCAUUUGUAUCGCAAAGAGAUGAGCAACAACAACCAAGGAAAGCGGGGUUGAAAGUUGGAUGGAAGGAUAUCACAGAAAAGUUUGAAUGUCUGUUGACGUGUAAAGAGAAUGAAAAAGUCCACGCAAGGAGUAUUGAGUUAGAUUUGUUUCAUGAGUUGGAGACGGAAUGGAAGUUCAACCCUGCAGCAAGUGGCGAUAAAUGCAGAGUAGACUUUACAUUGUUGUACAAGUUCAAGAACCCGAUUUACGAUAAACUUAGCUUUAUGUUUGCUCCUCAAGUAACAAACAUCAUGAUUGGAGCUUUUGAAGGUAGGCUUCAGCAGUUGAAAAGACAAUCCAAUAGAUUACAAAAAUUAUAG